CUCUACUCAUUCUUCAACCUCUGUUUCUUCUUUGCUGAACCAAGGCAUAACCCACAACUCUUCCAAACUUUGAAUUAGUUUUCCACUUCAACAUGGCAAGACCUUUUAAGAAAGUGAAAGACAUCAAUGAAAGGAAGGAGCUCUGAAAGAUAGCCGUCAGAGUCCAUCACAAUGGACACUUGUAUUCAAGAGUAAAUAGAACUUUUAGAUGAUAGUGGUGGAUAAAGAGGUCUUGAAUGGCAUACAUUAGGUGCUACAUUGCUUGUAUCCGCCAAAUUCACUCUUGUAUCUGCCUGCAAUAGUAUUUUAAGGCUUAUGUCUCUGAUGGUGGAAGUUUUGUAUCUUGUAUUUUAACGAUUUUAUGGUUUAUUGUUAUGGUCAGUUGAAAGAUGAGCUUAACAAGGAGAAUUUGCAGCUUGCAUCGGGCAUGUCCUGGCGUGUGCGGCUGUUAAUUGUGAGAAACCAAAGUCUGGGUCAAAGUAUCUAUAUGCAAAGUUCAAAUCAUCAGGUUAAUUCUAAGUUAGGUGUCAUUGAUCGGGUCCAGAGGAGGUUCAAUUCGACUGAGGAUCUGUUUGAUUGAUUAAUUGAGGGGAUUAUCAGUUGGUCGCAGCUCCUUCGCUCAUCACAUAGCAUAGCUUUGCAUUUGAUUUCUAUCGCAUCAAGUAAUCUGUAGCCUGAGGCUGAAUGUUUCUAUUGAUAUUUCGAGCCUGCUUUGAAUCAAUGUUGCAGCAUUCAGGGCAGCCUUUCAUGUGCAUUUUUUUGUUGAUGUUUGACUGCAUAUGAUACGCAUUUAUAUCGAACCGCUUAAAAUACCAGUGGAAUAGUAUUCUAAUGUUUUAGCUUUCUGGUUGGACAAAUGAUUUUGGUGUUUAUUUGGCGUACUCGAUGAAAAAAAUGAUGGAAGAUAAAGCUUUGGUGAGGAGGCUUUCUUCCUGUGAGACAAUGGGAUCAACCACAACUAUUUGCAGCGAUAAGACCGGAACAUUGACAAUGAAUCAGGUGAGUGUUGUUGAGGCAUGUGUUGGUGGGAAGAAGAUUAUAUCUCCUAACGAUAAAUCACAGUUAUCUACUAUCGUCUAUUCUUUGCUGAUUGAAUGUGCUGCACAGAACACUAAUGGAAGUUUUUUUGUACCGGAGAGUGACAAUGGUGUUGAGGUUUCUGGGAUGACUCUAAAGAAGCGGAUUCGCUACCAAGCAAAGAAUAAACUAUGAAAGAGAUCACAGAUAGGGAGGAAAUUGAAGCAACACAUUUGAAAAGAAAAAAAUCUUCUAGAAAUAAAGAAAGUGUGAUAGAUGGUAGUGAAAAGAACAAAAGAUCUAAGGACAGUGAAUAACACAAAAAAUCCAAAGGAAGCAAAUCCGGAUCCAAGAAAACAAGAGCUUAAUAAAGGAAAUUUAAGAUGAAGGGUUGUGAUUUAGAUGGAUUGAAUACUAUGUGUACACCGUUGUAUCUAUAAGCUAAUAUUGGACUGCGUGGUGUAGUUAUGCAUGCAUUGAAGACUGUUAUUGGCACCGGUCGGACCACAGUUCGAACCAUACAUCAUCCAAGCAUCGAUAUAUUUGAAACUUUUGAUGAGGUAGUCAAAAGUACCUUCUGUUGUAUAUUUGUGUACAUAUAACAUCAUUGCAUUCGGGUUGGGUUUUAAAUGUAACAGUGGUGUGGAAGGCGGUGCGCGAUUUGCCGGUGGUCGGAGAUUGGCGGGGUAAUCCUUGGGAUGAUUGUGUUGAUAAGGAUCCUGUUAGUAUGUCUGUUUCUGUUUCUGUUAGUACUUAAACUUUGUAAACCAAAAUUGUU